GCCUCCGCCGAGCAUGGCGGGCGAGCUUGAGAGCGUCAAGCCCCUGAGCGGGCUGCUGACAGGCCUGGCUCAGGACGCCUUCCACGGGCACCCGGGCAUCACAGAAGAGCUGCUGCGGGGCCAGCUCUACCCAGAUGUGCCACCGGAGGAGUUCCGCCCCUUUCUGGCCAAGAUGAAGGGGAUUCUUAAGUCUAUUGCAUCUGCAGAUAUGGAUUUCAACCAGCUUGAGGCAUUUUUGACUGCUCAAACCAAAAAGCAGGGUGGGAUCACAUCUGACCAAGCUGCUGUCAUUUCCAAGUUUUGGAAGAGCCACAAGACAAAAAUCCGAGAGAGCCUUAUGAACCAGAGCCGUUGGGACAAUGGACUUCGAGGCCUGAGCUGGAGAGUUGAUGGCAAGUCUCAGUCAAGGCAUUCAGCACAAAUACAUACCCCUGUGGCCAUAAUAGAGCUGGAAUUUGGGAAAGGUGGACAGGAAUCUGAAUUUCUUUGUUUGGAAUUCGAUGAAGUCAAGGUCAACCAAAUCCUGAAGAAGCUCUCAGAGGUAGAAGAAAGUAUUAGCACACUGAUGCAGCCAGCCUAACUCAAGAUUAAUAUAGGAAGGAGUUGGAGUUGUGGAAAUAAAGUUGUUCAUGAUCCCUUUC